GGAAAUGGCUGACCACGGAAUAGAAGAGGAAUACGAGAUAUUGGACCACGAAGAUAACCAAGAUGGAAUACCAGAUACGACAGCCGAUCAGGGUGAAAUAGACAGUGAUUUAGAAGACUAUGAUAUCGAUGCGGAAGAGACACAGGACGUUGAGUUUGGGUUCCAAUGCGAGUUUUACCAGACUUUGUCAGCCUACUGUGCAGAAAGAGAUAAAGCAAACCAAUUUCCAAAUGAUAGCGAUGUCAAGAAUAAGCCUUGGCUCCGUGAAGGAGUCGAUAGGGCAGAAUUCUUCAAUUUUGGACUAUGCGAAGACCAAUGGAAGCUUUUAGUAAAUAAGCAUAUACUCAUGAUGUAUGAGAAACAUUCCACUCUGAAGCUUAUUCGUCAUUUCCUGGCCCAAAGUCAGGGUAGAAAUAUGAACUAAUUCUU